CGACCUCGCUCUCAUAGUCACUGUCGCCGGUAACGGUCGAAAGAGGAGACUCGCGUCCGACUAACCACAAAAAAGACAUCGCGAUGAAUGCCGACGCUCUCGAUGGACGGUUACUUUUCGCUAUCCCUAAGAAAGGUCGAUUGCAUGAAAAAUGCCUGGAACUUCUCGUAGGAGCCGACAUUCAGUUCCGCAGACACGCGAGGUUAGAUGUAUGCUUGGUCAAGAACCACCCAAUAGCUCUGGUGUUCCUUCCUGCAUCCGACAUCCCCUCCUUCGUCGGCAAGGGUAACGUUGACCUUGGCAUAACCGGGCACGACGUCAUUCUGGAGGCCGAGAUGCAAGCCCACGUUACGGAGGUCCUUCGCCUCAACUUCGGCAAGUGCGCUCUGCAAGUACAGGUUCCCGAGAGCGGACCGUACCAGACAAUCGAGAGUCUAAGCGGGAAGAGGAUCGUCACGAGCUUUGAAGUCCUCGCGGGCCAGUAUUUCAAGGAGGUGGAUCAGCGAGUUGGCAAGAAGGAGGGUGAGGGUACGAUCAUUGAGUACGUCGGCGGGAGUGUGGAGGCCGCUUGCUCGUUAGGGCUUGCGGACGGUAUCGUCGAUCUUGUUGAGUCUGGCGACACCAUGCGCGCAGCCGGUUUGCACGCUAUAGGAACCCUUCUCGAAAGCGAGGCAGUCUUGAUCAAGUCAACAAACUCCAAGUCCCCCAACCACGCGCCCAUAAUCGACCUCAUCACGAGGCGCAUAGCGGGUGUCGUUGCCGCUUCAAGAUAUGUCAUUUGCGAAUACAACAUCGCGCGUGACAGGAUAUCAGCCGCGAGAUUGAUCACUCCGGGGCGGAGAGCGCCGACGAUCUCGCCGUUGGAGGACGAGGGAUGGGUUGCUGUCAGCAGCAUGGUGGAAAAGAGCAAGGUGGCGAAAGUGAUGGACGAGCUAAUGGACGUCGGCGCCGAAGACAUCAUGAUCUUCAACCUCGACAACUGUAGGAUAUAAUGCGGCACCGGUUAGCCGAUACGUCGAGCAAUAGACAUCAUGGUCGUAUCUUCGUGCCCAUUGCUCAUAAGCGAUCGAUUUGACCAUAUCAUGGCAUAUGAGAUCGCUUUCAGCUCCCGGUGCAUGCAGUCCGGCUUACACGACAACCGCAGUCUGUAGCGCUCUGCAGAACAACGUAUCUGACGCCAAACUGGGGGGCGAACGCGUCCGGCGUCAACGAGACAAACGCAACACUCUCCACCACCGGCGACCUUCCCAUAGAUGCCUCCCGAGGCCCCGCUCGCCGCUAUCGCGCCCGCCGCGAUGUCCCGAGUCGUCCAGACAAACGUUGACCGAUUCCCAAGUUGUUCUGCGACGGCGGGUUUGGGCAGCGCGAAGACUCCGGUGAAGCAGAAGUCGGUGGAGAUGGCCGUCAGCGCAGCCUGGUUGACGAGCUUCGCCGUCUUGCCAUUACCUUUUUUGGCGGCAAAAAACGUGGUUUGCUGCCUACGCGUGUAUGGCUUAUUAAGGGACAACCC